AUGGCGAUGCGUCUACCAAAGCUGCCAGCGAAGGCGGCAUACCUGUAUCUCAAUAAUCCCUCCCGACGAAACGCCUUAAGCCUGGAGGUUCUCGAGGACCUACGCUCGCAGCUCCUCGACCACCUGACGUCACCACAUACCGGUCGCGUUCUGAGACUUCCGCCCUUCAAACCAAGUAUCCUCCGCGACCUGGAAAACGCCAGCGAUCGCACAACCCAAAGCUCGCAUCACGAGUCAGAGCAUAGCUGGCUGGUCGAUGCUGAUGCAUGGGCAAAGGAGCGGGCGGCGCUGCCCAACGUCCUCGUCCUUCGCAGUACCGGCCCCGUCUUUUCCUCGGGUCAUGAUCUCAAACAACUCGCCUCUCUCUCGCUCGCCGAAGUGAAGCGGACGUUCGCUCUCUGCGCCGAAGUCAUGUCCCUCAUCCGGCUCAGUCCCGCGCCCGUCGUCUGCCCGAUUCACGGCCUCGCGACCGCGGCAGGGCUUCAGCUGGCGUUGUCGACAGACUACCCCAUCGCGUUGUCCACGACCAAGUUCCAGUUACCAGGCGCAAGCAUCGGCUUGCCAUGCACAAGUCCCGCAACAGCCGUUUCGCGCCGCUUAUCGUCUGGGCAGACGUACCGGAUGCUUCUGGCGGCGGAGCCGGUCACCGCUGAUGAGAUGGGCGGGGCCGUGGACGUGGUCCAGGAGCCUGAGCAUGCCGAGUCUACAGAUACAGCGGCCGCGGCGUUCGAGAGUCGUGUCGCGGAGGUUGUGGAGCGAUUGGCGAGCGCAGCAGGGCAGCCCAUGGCACUAGGGAAGUGGGCGUAUUGGACGCAGAUCGGGAUCAGGGGUCACGGUGACGGAGGGAGCGGAGGAGACGGAUACGAGGACGCGGUCGACUGGGCCGGACGAGUUAUGGCUCUGCAUGCGAGAAGUGCAGACGCCAAGGAAGGCAUGACGGCUUUUCUCAACAAGCGCAAACCGCAGUGGAAAACAUAG